AUGAUGUGUGACAUCGAUGUGCGAGUAGCUAUAAACCCAGCAGGUAUCACAUUAGAAGUAGAUCAAUCCAACUCAGAAGUGAAAAUCACAGGUGGAUACGAAGCCGAACUUUUUGAAAUUUUACUUCGUUUCUUCGCACCAAGAUACAAGAUAAUUCUCAAUCCAGAUAACGAAUGGGGUCGAGUUCUGGCCGACGGAAGUUGGACAGGACUCAUCGGAAUGCUACAGAAAAAUAAGGCAGACAUUGGACUUGGGAGUCUUGCACCCACUGAAAAGAGAAUGACUGUUGUUGAUUUUUCCUCAGCCUACGACACGGUAGCCCACGUCUUUAUGACCAGAUCCCCUCAACUGCUCCCCAGAGUCAUAGCUAUUCUCCAACCGUUUUCUGGAUCGCUGUGGAUAACUCUAUGCUUGGCGGUUCUUUUAGUUGUUACUAUAGUGUGGAGGGUUUUUGAUAGAGAUUCUUCGUUAGUUUCAAUUUUAUUGAACUUCUUUCGAUUGGCUUCCCUUAGAAUUGAUGCUCAAAGCGUUCGACAUUUAAGUGGCAGAAUUUUGUACGGAACGUACGUUAUGGCAUUCAUGAUCAUACAAUUUAGCUACGUUGCCGUUCUUUUAACUUUGCUUACAAUACCGAGGCGUGAUUCUGGCUUGCGUAGCAUUUCUGAUCUAACUGAAGCAGUUCAAAGUGGAACUUAUAAGUGCUACACGGCCAAGGGUUCAUCUCUGGUGGAACUGCUUGCUCAAAGUAAGGAUGCUUCAAUAAAGACUCUUGGAAAAUCAAUUGAAGAGAACGAUUGGUUUAUUUCAUCAACUUUUGAUGAAAUUAAAAGGGUAGUGUUCAAUGAAAGAGCUGCCAUGAUAUUGCUCAAGUUUUUAACUAAGCAAUUUCCUCCUACUAGUGUUCUCAUACCGGAUGACUAUUUUCAUAUUACUCAAGUUGCCGUGGCGAUGAGGAAAGACUUCUCCUGUGCUAAAAAGUUGAAUAAAAUAAUCCGUAGAAUAACGGAAGGCGGACUUUAUGAAAAAUCUUUCAAUGAUUUCAUGUUUAAAAAAUCUGAGAAAAUCGAUUAUGAAACAGAUGUCAAACUUUCUUUAUCAGUAGAGGAUUUUAUGCAGGUGAAUGUACAUUUUGAAAUCAUUGAAUGA